GUAGCUGCGUUGCACAUUGCACAAUAGUCCAGGGUUUUAUUAUAACCAUUCGUUUUAUUUCGACUCGUAAACACGAGCGAAAUUACUUCCACAGUACGAAACACGUCUCUGAUAUGCAUCUCCUAUUUUAUUAUACAAUUGUACUGGGUUCCUUGUUGCCAUCAAAAACGGCGCUUAUCAACGUCACCAACUUAAACGUCACAAAUGUAAACGAAACACAUACAAUAGAAACAGUAGAAGAAAUCGAUCAUAAAAACGAGACGGCAAUACAAAUCGAAAUACUGCAGAAAGAAAAAGACGAUCUAUACAUCAAAAUUAAUAAAGCUAUCGACGAAGCUAUACCAGAACUCGAGAAAAGUAAUGACACUGACGCAAUCGCUGGUCUAGCAGAUUUGAAAAUUUUGAAAAAUCAGAUAAAAGAAAUACACGAAGCCAGUGAUAGUGAUGAUGAUACAAAGUCCAGGGAUGGUAAUACUGAUUUCAGGCGAAAGAUAUCAUUAAGAUUUGGUAAUAAUAUAGGGAUUAUAGGGAAAGAUGAUUGGUUAAGAAAGCAGAAGAAAAACGAGUUUUACGAAAAAUUGUUAAAGAGUAAAGAUACGAAGUAUACUAGUAUACCGCGGGUCUUGGACCGGCAGAGGAUAGCGCAGCAGAUACAGAUGUGGCUGCUCAAACAACAGGAGGAAAAGAAGAAGAAAAGGGAAAUGCAACUAAAGUUCAAAAUGGCCUACGAGCGCUGCCCCGACUUCGGACGUGGCAAAGACAAGAAGAAAAAAGGCUCGAGCAGCAAGUUCCGCAAGGCCAACUAUUUCCCUUGCUGCAGAAAGUGUUGCAAGAAGUCAUACCUCGGCUGCUUAUAA